AUGUUUAUACGUAUUUUUCUUAUUUUGAUGGUAAAUGCUUUCUCAUAAACAAUUACUUUGAUCGAUACUUUUGAAUACUCUUGGAUGAUUUAUAGUAUAGAAUCAAAAUAUAAUACUUUAUUUCAUUGGAAUGAGAAAUCGUGUUGCACUCCUCCUGAAUUAUAAAUAAUUAAUGCCACCUCAAACUCAAAUUUACAAAAUACUUUACAAAUUAUACUAAAUGGAUAUGUUAUAUAUAAUCAACAUUUUAAAUUGACAAACUUGGGAUAUAAAUAAUACUCAAAUUAUACAAUAAAUAACUCUACAAAUAUUGAAAUAAAUAAUAUAUGCGAGAAAGAUAAGAGUGACUCAAACUCAAUAGAAUCAGGAAUGAUUGAAUUUGAGAUUGGAGUACUUAAUCCUCAAUCAAAUAUAUAGGAAAAUCUUACAUUCUAAUAUUGGCUUAUCUGUUAAUACACAACACUUGAGAAGUAUCAAUAAAUAAAGAUUAAUUUUGAUUCAACUACAAUUUUUUUAGUAUUAAUUUUAUGCUUUUGUGUUUGGCUAUUCACUAAGAUGGCUAAAAUUAGAUCUUUAAAAAUUGAGAUUAAUCUAUAAAAAUCUCCUUUCUUAAAAAGAUUAAUUGCAAUUUAAUCAUUUUAGUUAGAAGGUUAAGUAGUAUACUUUUAGGGUUUUAUAGUCAAUUGGGUAUUGUAUAUAUUUUAUAUAAUUGCAUCAAUACUUUUUUAUGUACUUGUACAUUUCAUAAAUUCUUGGUAUGAAGUAGUAAUGAUAAUGUGCUUAGUAUUAGCUUUAUUUUGCUGUUGGUUUAUAUUCAAUGAAUUACAAUGCUUUUUGUCAGUAAAUUUGAAAUUAUAAGCACAAAUCUACUUAUCAAUAAGAGUAUGUGAUUGCAUAUCAAUAGUUUUAUCGAUAGCAUUAGUAGUUCUUUAUCUAACAUUAAAUUAAGCUUGGUACAUUUCAAACUUGAUAACUUUUUGCAUAUCUGGAUCUUUACUUAGAUUAUUUAAGAUCAUAAGUUUAAGAGGAGUUACUAUUUUAUAUGGAGCAAUAAUUAUAUUUGAUUGUAUAUACUACUUUUAUCUUUUGACAACAGCUUUUUCAGUCAAUUAUUAAAUAGUUGUUUUGCAAGUAUUCUUAUAUUUAUUAAUAUUUAAGUAUUCCAAUUAUCCAGUACUUUUCUAAAUGCCAUAAUUUAGAUAUAACCUUGACAAAAUUUGUGUUUGGUUAUCAUUAAUGGAUUUAGUAGUUCCUGGAUUAUCAAUAUCUUAUUUGUAUAGAUUUGAUAAGAAUAGAAAUUCAAGAAUUUAUUUUGUAAUUGGAAUGCUUGGUCUCUUUUUUGGCAUAAUAUGUUGGUCAUUAGGAACAUUAUCUGCCUCAUCAAAGGGAAUCUAGCUACCAUAAUCCAUUUUUGUUUAUCCAUUGAUUAUUUUAUUUACAUGUCUUUGGGCACUCAGAUAAGGUGAUUUUAGAAUUAUUUGGUAUGGAUCAUUCUAUGACAAAUUUGUAUUAAAAUAAAUAAUCUAAUUAGCUCAUGGAUAAUUUCACGGUUGAAUAUAACCCUGAAUCAUCUAAACAUGUACUAGAAAACUCACAUUUAGAAAAAGAUUAAAUUAAAACUUUGAUGAAUGGUCUCAAACUGAAUUCUUAGCUUUGA